CUGUACAGUUAACAAUAAAAUGAAAAGAACAACCAGCAAGAGUCAAGCAUAUGCUUCCAGUCAGGAAGAUAGUGAAAAUGAUAGCGAUGAGACUGAAUGUAGUAUUGGUAGUAACUCAACAGCAGGUACUCAUCGUAGUGAUACACCCACUCGUAGUGCUCGUUAUAGAAGAAAAGGAAGACGUAGAAGUAAAACAGCAAAAUAUAAAACAUGUAUGGAUAAACCUCUUUAUAAAUAUUGCUGUAGUGUUAAGGAAGAUCAUGGGCAACCAUUAUUUGGGGUACAAUUUAAUCACCAUUUGAAAGAAGGUGAACCAUUAAUAUUUGCUUCUGUAGGAAGCAAUCGUGUUAGUAUUUAUGAGUGUCCAGAAGGUGGUAAUAUCAGGUUACGGCAAUGUUAUGCAGAUCCUGAUCCAGAAGAAAAUUUUUAUACUUGUACAUGGACUUAUGAUGAUUCUGGUAAACCUUUAUUAGCAGUGGCAGGAUCACGUGGAGUUAUAAGAAUUAUUAGCCCUGUAACUAUGACUUGCAUCAAACACUAUAUUGGACAUGGUCAUGCAAUAAAUGAAUUAAAAAUUCAUCCCAAAGAUGCAAACAUAUUACUUUCAGCAUCAAAAGAUCAUGCUCUUAGAUUAUGGAAUAUAAAAACUGAUGUAUGUAUAGCAAUAUUUGGCGGUGUUGAAGGUCAUAGAGAUGAGGUUUUAAGUGCAGAUUUUGACAUGAAAGGAGAACGUAUUAUUUCAUGUGGUAUGGAUCAUGCUUUAAAACUGUGGUCAUUGGAUAAACAAGACAUGCAAGAAGCAAUAAAGCAAUCUUAUUAUUGCAAUCCCAGUCGUAAUGGAAGACCAUUUGAUUCUAUACUUCAACACUUUCCGGAUUUUACUACACGCGAUGUUCACCGCAACUAUGUUGAUUGCGUGAAAUGGUAUGGCGAUUUUAUUUUAAGUAAAUCCUGCGAAAAUUGCAUUGUAUGUUGGAAACCAGGACGUCUUGAAGAUACUCAGCUGCGUAAUGGAGAAACAAGUGCCACAGUUUUACAUAGAUUUGAAUUUAAAGAAUGUGAUAUAUGGUUUAUACGAUUUUCGAUGGAUUUUUGGCAGCGUACAAUAGCUCUAGGAAACCAAGUGGGUAGAACAUAUGUGUGGGAUUUAGAAGUUGAUGAACCUGGACAAGCACGGUGUUAUUCACUUCAGCAUCCGAGAUGUACUGUUCCAAUACGUCAAACUAGUUUAAGUAGAGAUGGUUCAGUUUUAUUGUGCGUUUGCGAUGAUGCUACUGUAUGGAGGUGGAAUCGUGAACAUUAACGUUUGUGUAAUAAAUACAAAUAGUGCCUUUAUAUAUAUAUAUAAUGUACUGUAUUUACUAUCUUCAUAUAGUGAUUACUAUAGGUAGUAAAUUUAUAUUAAAAUAUAUCUAUAAGGUAACAUAAUUUUUAUU